AUGGUCCUGCCUGUCAUCACACUGGACAAAAGGGAGACCAGGGAUAAAGACACACUUGAGCUACGGGGGGAGGACGGGCUGUGGACAGUCCAGGAUGCUUCUUUGUGUGGGGACACAGAUCCGCGCACCCUGCAGGUCAAGCUGUGUUGUCAGCGCGAAGCAGAGCGAUGCACUGGUGCAUCCUUGGACUUCAGCAUCAACAGACACACAGCCCUCCUUGACGCGAUGAACGUGAACCGGACAGUCGUCAAUCCUGCCACAGGGGUCAAGGAGGAGUGGGAGAACCAGGAAGUGGCAGAGUGUUCUAGGAAGAUCUCAACAGGAGACUGCAGUCACUGGUUUAGAGAAUUCCUAGCACACUGGGAGAACAUGCUGGAACCAGAGCCCAUGGAACCAUCAUUAAAUGCCCCAGAUAAUGACCAGUCUGCAUCCAUCCAAUUAAUUGAAUGGAUCAUCCCAUUGAUUUUCACCUGCUUCGUCCUAAUUGGCUUCGUCGUCAUGAAACUUACGAAGAAAUCAGGGCCCACAGCAGCCGUUCCAUCAUCUGAUGUUUCUUCCCUGGACCAGGAGAAGGUGGAAAUGUUAGACCAACCCUUGGUGGAAAAAACUGACCCUUGAUGACAGUCUGGCUGCUGAUCUAAUAUAUUAUCUUCUACUCAGAGGUGGGUUUACCAAGAAGGUAAAGAACCCCUUGCUUUCCACGGCUGUUGAUGAGCUCUUACUGCAGGAGUUAAGCGGAAAGGAAACGUGUCCAACCACCUUCCUGUACCUUUGGGAGGAGCCUCUCCACUGUGUCUCAUAGGCCUUCCCGUCAAAGGGAGGAUCAGCACCUGAAAUAAAAGAGAGCUCUGUGUG